UAAUUAGACUCCCAAGCUUUCUUCUUUUCUUCAUUUUUUUUUGGGGGGGGUUUGUAGAGUUGAUGAAAUGUUUGACUUUUUUUUGUCUUCUUGCAGGUUUAACAUUGUUUGUUAUUGAAUUCAAGAAAUGGGUAUAAUCAGAAAUUCUUCAAUGAAAAAUGGGGAUUAUUUAGAAGGGAUGAUCAAUGAAUAUGUUGGAGGCAGAGCUAAGUUGAAGGCUAAUAAGAGUAUAUCAGCUAGGCUUGUUACUGCUCUUACUUGUCUGCAAUUUGCUUUUGCCGUUUAUGCUACUUUCUUACUAUACUAUAUGAGUCCUGCGGUUGAUUUAAGAACAAAACCAGAUUUUGCCUGGGCAACAAGAUUUGCACAACAUUGGAAAGAGUUCAUAGUUCCACCCCAUGUUAUUGGAAGAUACCAAGAUUCUGCUUCUCUCGUCGGAACUGAAAUUCAACCCAUUAAUCCAUCAGAAGUAUGUGAGCAUGAAAAGAUUGAUUUUGAGCAGAAGAAAUCUAGUGAUGUUCAAAUGAUCAAGUUGAAGACAGAGUUAUAUAAAGAGAUAUUGGAUUUUCAAAGUAAGUCCAUUGGUACAGAAACUUUGUCUGAACUAAUGUCAAUGAAAUCUAAAUGGGAUUUGCACGGUCCGAAUAAACCUAAAGUUACAGUUAUCUUAAACCAUUUCAAAAGAAAGACACUUUGUGCACAACUUGAUUCUUUGCUUCAACAGACACUUCCUUUCCACCAUGUUUGGGUUCUUGCAUUUGGAAGUCCCAAUGAGGUCUCACUUAAAAGAAUUGUACAAAGUUAUAAUGAUUCAAGAAUCAGUUUCAUAAGUUCAAGCUAUGAUUUUAAGUACUAUGGAAGAUUUCAAAUGGCUUUACAAACUGAAGCAGAUCUUGUAUAUAUUGUUGAUGAUGACAUGAUUCCUGGAAAGAAAAUGCUGCAGAUUUUGUCGCACGUAGCAGGAACUGAGAAGUAUAAGAACUCAGUUUUGGGCAGCAUUGGAAGGAUCUUGCCUUUCAGGCAAAAAGACUUUACAUUUCCAAGUUAUCGAAAGUUUCGAUCGAAGGAGGCUGGUUUAUACCUUCCGGACCCUGCUUAUGAUAUAACAAUUGAUAAAAUUGUGCAGGUAGAUUUCCUUUCCAGUUCAUGGUUUUUAUCUGCAGAGCUUGUUAAGACACUUUUCGUGGAGGCGCCAAUGACUUUCAUGACCGGAGAAGAUCUGCAUCUGAGUUAUCAGCUUCAGAAGUACAGAAAUGCAGGCUCAUUUGUUCUUCCAGUUGACCCGAACGACAAAGAAACAUGGGGUGACAGUGAGCAUAGACUUGCUUAUGUUUCUGAAACAACUGUAAUUUUCAAAGACAUUGUUCAAGUCCGAGAUGAUCAAUGGUGGAAAGCACUUUCUACUGGUUAUGUGACUCAAUGGGCUGCAAUGUACCCUCAAAAAAUAGAUGCACUUUUUUACGCACAUUCUGUCGAUGAAGUUAAAGCACUUGCACCCCUUCUCGAAAAGUUCAGGUCUACUGUUGGAAAAAAGGCCUACAUUGUUGUUUCUGGAGGAAAUUUUUGCCCUUGCGAAGAUGCUGCAACUGCUCUAAACUGGCCUAAGUUGGUAUGCAAGGAGCGAAGAUUCAAGAUAUUUGAUUUGGAUGUUGGAAAGCUGUCAGGAAUUUCGAACUCUGAAGUGCCAGUGGUGCAAGCAGUUUAUUCAAGCAUGAAAGGACUAAUCAAGAUUCAUAAUCCCAGUGUGGUAAUAACAGUAGCAGAUAUUGAUCCUGAUGUGAAGAAAGCUUUGAAAAUGGCAACAGAGACCAGUACUAAUGUUACAACAAUGGUCCUCUUGCCAAGGACUUCCAUAUCAAAGGUUCUCUGGAUGGCUGACCUGAGAUCGACUGCUUUGCCAAAUUGGAAUAAAAUGCGAAUUUCUGUUAACAUAAUCACCCAAAAUCGCUCUCCAUCCUUAACAAGACUUCUCAAUUCACUGAGAAAUGCAUACUAUCUUGGAGAUGAAAUUCCUAUCAGCUUCAACAUGGACAGUAAAGUAGAUGCAGCAACAAUAAGGCUUGUAAAUUCAUUUAAUUGGACUCAUGGUCCAAAAACUCUAAGAAGGAGAAUCAUCCAAGGAGGCCUAAUAAGAGCAGUUAGUGAAAGUUGGUAUCCUGCAUCAGAUGAUGAUUUUGGUCUCCUACUCGAAGAUGAUAUCGAAGUUUCUCCAUACUACUAUCUAUGGAUUAAGUAUGCUCUCUUAGCCUAUCACUAUGAUCCUCAAGUUUCUUUCCCUGAACUAUCCUCCAUUUCUUUAUACACACCUAAAUUGGUUGAGGUUGUCAAAGAAAGGCCUAAAUGGAAUCCGACCGAGUUUUUCAAAAGAAUCCAUCCAAAUACACCAUAUCUCCACCAACUACCUUGCAGUUGGGGUGCAGUGUUCUUCCCUAAGCAGUGGAGAGAAUUCUAUGUUUACAUGAACAUGAGAUUCACCGAAGAUGCAAAGGCGAACCCGGUUCAGAUUCCCAAGUCUAGAACAAAUGGAUGGCAAGCUUCAUGGAAAAAGUUCCUAAUUGACAUGAUGUACCUUAGAGGCUAUGUUAGUCUUUAUCCAAAUUUUCCAAAUCAAGCAAGCUUCUCAACUAACCAUAUGGAACCAGGAGCUCAUAUUAGUGCAAAAGACAAUGUUGUUAGGCAUGACAAGGCAGAUUUUGAAGUUCCAUUGUUGAAGGAAGAUUUCAGAACUUUCUUGCCUAAUUUCAAGUUGCCUCCAGCAUCAAAAUUGCCAUCACUGAACUUGUUUAACCAACCAGUUUCGCUUAAGGGUCUUAAAGCAGCAGGAGCUAAGUUGGGGUCAGAUGUGCUUAGAUGUGAUAAUGUUACAGAAAUUGUGUCUGUUGAUCAUGAAACAGGUCUGCCAGUUCGCUGCAUGAAAUUCUGAUUACUUGAAAAGAAAAGAGAACCGCUGAGAUUUGAUCAUUCUUUGUACCUUUGAAAAAGAUAAGUUUCCUUGUAAUGUUUUUUCUUUAAUUUUGCUUUGUUCAUACAUGAUUAGUGGAGCAAUUAAGUGGAGGAAACAGUGGUAUUCAAAGGUGGGAACUCUGUUUCUUCCUUAAUUUCCCCAUCUAAUGGAAGGGGAACAAGAAUACAAGGAGAGAAAGAUGGGAUUGUGUCAUCGUAUAAAGCCAAAAGUGGCUUUUCCUUCAAUUGUCUCCAAAACAAGAAAAAAAGAAACAAAAUUUGAUUUUCUUUAA